AUGUCGGACGAAAAGGAUAUCGAUUACUCCCUGGCGAACCCAGACACCCUCACCAAGUAUAAGGUCGCUGCUACCAUUUCGGAGAAGGUUCUCGCCGCCGUAUCCAAGCUAUGUGUUGCGGGAGAGAAGGUGGUUACUAUCUGCCAGAAAGGAGACAAGCUCAUCGAAGAAGAAGUUGCCAAGGUUUACCGCACAACUAAGCUCAAGGGCUUCUCCCACCCCACGACUGUCUCUCCGUCUUCGUACGUGACACCCUAUACUCCCUUGGCAUCCGACACCGCCGAGGCAAACAUCGAGCUUCAAGCGGGUGAAGCCGUCAAGAUCCAACUCGGUGCGCAGAUCGAUGGAUUUGGUUCCAUCGUUUGCGAUACGAUUAUCGUACCGCCGAAGGAGGAGGCCCAAGACGCUAUCACCGGUCGUUCUGCCGAUUUGCUUCUCGCUACGUAUUACGCCAAUGAACUCCUCCUGCGUCUCUCGGUUCCCCCUGGAUUAUUAGCAGCUGGAAGCGACGAGGAGAAGGCGAAAGCUGCUGCCGCGAAACCUCCCACCCAAACCAAGAUCACCUCUCUCUUAGACAAGGUUGCCAAGACCUACGAGUGCAACCUCGUAGAGAGCACAACGUCCUGGUUGUUUGACCGUAACGAGAUCGAAGGCAAGAAGAAGAUCGUUAUCGCCCCUGCAGAGGGUACUAAGGGAGAAGGUUCACCUGAAGUUGGCGAGGUUUGGGGUGUCGAGGUCGGUUUAAGUUUGGGUUCUGGCAAAGUUAAAACGAUUGACCAGCGGGCAACGCUACUUCGCCGUACAAACAACACGUAUAUCCUAAAGUCUCAAACUGCGCGUAAGACAUUAUCUACUAUACAGAACAAGUUCGGUCAUUUCCCUUUCAGCUUGAGACAACUCGAGGAGGAAGGUGGUGACACCAAGUAUAAGGUUGGAGUAUACGAAGGCGUUCGUCAAGGCGUGCUACGACAAUAUGAGUUAGUCGGCGAUAAGGAUGGUGCCCCAGUGGCCAGAUUAUUAACCACCCUCGCUGUCACUAAAAACGGCAUUACAAAACUCGGUGCACCACCUGCGCUAGAUUUGAGCAAGGUCCAGUCGGACAAGAAGAUCACCGACGAGGAGAUUCUCCAGAUCCUGGAGCAGCCCCUGAGCAAGAAUAAGGGAAAGAGCAAGAACAAGAAGAAGAAGAAGCCCGCUAAGAAGGCUGCCAAGAAGGAAGGAGAGGCCGAGGAGAGCGGAGAUGAGAGCGAGGAGUAG